GAUUCAAGAUGGCGGCGGGGCAUCUGGGGAGUGCUCGCGGCCCCCUGCGGCGGCGUCUCCCUCAUUCAUUGCGGCAGUGACGGGCGGCGCGGCGUGAGCUGGCGGCGGCGCCUCCUCGGCUGGCCUGAGCUUGCCGGGCGAGCGGGAGAGAGCGAGUCCAGGAGGAGGAGGAGGAGGAGAGUCGGGCGAGAGUCGGGCCCGCCAGGAGGAAGGCGGGCGCCGCCGGGCGCCUGUGAGAGGGCGGGGAGGAGCGGCGGGUCGGUGCCGCCGGAGCGGCCAUGGCCACCAUGGAGAAGCUGAUGAAGGCCUUCGAGUCGUUGCGCUCCUUCCAGCAGCAGCAGGGUCCGGCUGCCAUCUCCGAGGAGCCGCUCCAGAGACCAAAGAAAGAACUUUCAACUACCAAGAAAGAUCGAGUGAAUCAUUGCCUAACAAUAUGUGAAAACAUAGUUGCUCAGUCUUUAAGAAAUUCUCCAGAAUUUCAGAAACUGCUGGGGAUUGCUAUGGAACUCUUUCUCCUCUGCAGUGAGGAUGCAGAAUCUGAUGUCCGGAUGGUUGCUGAUGAAUGCCUUAAUAAAGUUAUUAAAGCUUUGAUGGAUUCCAAUCUUCCUAGGUUACAAUUAGAACUGUAUAAAGAGAUUAAAAAGAAUGGUGCUUCCAGAAGUCUACGUGCUGCACUCUGGAGGUUUGCUGAACUUGCCCAUCUAGUUCGGCCUCAAAAGUGCAGGCCAUACUUAGUGAACCUUUUGCCCUGUCUAACACGAAUAAGUAAGAGACCCGAAGAAUCGGUACAAGAGACGCUAGCUGCGGCAAUACCAAAAAUCAUGGCAGCGUUUGGCAAUUUUGCAAACGACAAUGAGAUUAAGGUUUUAUUGAAGGCUUUCAUAGCUAAUCUUAAAUCCAGUUCCCCUACUAUCCGUCGAACAGCAGCAGGAUCAGCAGUAAGCAUCUGUCAACAUUCGCGAAGAAUGCAGUAUUUUUAUGCCUGGUUAUUGAAUGUACUUUUAGGCUUGUUGGUUCCUGUAGAAGAUGAUCAUCCUACUCUUUUAAUUCUGGGUGUUUUACUUACACUAAGGUAUCUCAUACCUUUAUUGCAACAACAAGUAAAGGAUACCAGCCUUAAAGGGAGUUUUGGUGUAACAAGAAAAGAAACAGAGAUUUCACCUUCACCAGAACAACUUAUACAGGUUUAUGAAUUGACUCUGCAUUACACCCAGCAUCAGGACCAUAAUGUUGUGACUGGAGCUUUAGAAUUAUUACAACAGCUCUUUAGAACGCCGCCACCUGAACUUCUCCAUGCUCUGACUGCUUCAGGUGGCAUUGCACAGGUCAGUGUAUCCAAAGAUGAAUCAGCCAGCAGGAACCGCAGUGGGAGCAUAGUGGAACUUAUAGCUGGAGGGGGGUCUUCAUGCAGCCCUGUUCUUGCAAGAAAGCAUAAAGGUAAAAUACUUCUUGGUGAAGAAGAAGGUUUGGAGGAUGAUCCUGAAACCCGAUCAGAUGUCAGCACCGCAUCAUUUUCAGCUUCCAUGAAGGGGGAGAUAACCAGUGAACUAGCUUCUUCAUCAGGGGUAUCGACAGCUGGGUCAGGGAGUUCAGCUGCUGAUCCUACUGGACAUGAUAUCAUUACUGAGCAGCCACGUUCUCAACAUACGUUGCAGUCAGACUCUGUAGACCUGACAAGCUGUGAUUUGACAAGUACAGCUACUGAAGGGGAAGAAGAUGAUGUGCUUAGUCGAAGCUCCAGCCAGAUCAGUGCUGUCCAGUCAGAUCCCACUAUGGACUUGAAUGAUGGUACACAGGCUUCCUCACCAAUUAGUGAUAGCUCUCAGACUACUACAGAAGGUCCAGACUCUGCUGUAACCCCUUCGGACAGUUCUGAAAUUGUUUUGGAGGGUGCUGAAGGACAGUAUUCUGGAAUGCAAAUUGGGCAGCUGCAGGAUGAGGAAGAUGAGGCUGCAAAUAUUUUCCAAGACGAUUCAUCAGAGUCUUUCAGAAAUUCUUCUGUUGCUCUUCAGCAGCCUCACCUGUUGAAAACCAUGAGCCAUAGUAGGCAGCCUUCUGACAGCAGCGUAGAUAGAUUUACAUCAAAAGAGGAUGCAGCAGAUCCUGGUGAUCACGAAAAUAAGCCCUCCAGGGUAAAGGGAGACAUAGGUCACUAUACUGAUGGAAAUUCUGCUCCUUUAGUACACUGCGUUAGACUUCUGUCAGCCUCUUUUCUACUUACUGGGGAGAAAGGUGCUUUAGUUCCUGAUAGAGAUGUGAGAGUCAGUGUAAAAGCCCUGGCAGUAAGUUGUGUUGGAGCAGCCGUUGCACUUCACCCUGAGUCUUUCUUCAGCAAACUGUAUAAAACACCCCUUGAAGCAAUGGGAGAAGAGUAUGAGGAGCAGUAUGUAUCAGAUAUUCUGAACUACAUUGACCAUGGAGAUCCCCAGAUUAGAGGAGCUACUGCCAUUCUGUGUGGAACAAUUGUCAACUCCAUUCUAACUAAAUCCCGCUUUGAUGUGGAAAAAUGGCUAAUAAAUGUCAGAAGCUCAACAGGAAAUCUCUUUUCCUUGGUAGACUGCAUACCUCUGUUACAGAAAAUGCUGAAAGAUGAGUCCUCUGUUACAUGUAAACUGGCUUGUACAGCUGUGAGGCAUUGCAUCACGAGCUUAUGUAGUAGCAGUUACAGUGAACUAGGUUUACAACUAAUUGUUGACCUCCUUACGCUGAAGAAUAGCUCAUAUUGGCUAGUAAGAACGGAACUUUUGGAAACUCUUGCAGAGGUAGAUUUUCGGCUAGUCAGCUUCUUGGAAGGAAAAACUGAGAGCUUGCACAGAGGUAUUCAUCAUUAUACUGGUCUACUAAAACUUCAGGAGAGAGUGCUUAAUAAUGUUGUAAUAUGUCUGCUUGGAGAUGAAGAUCCGAGAGUGAGACAUGUAGCUGCAGCUUCAUUAGUGAGGCUUGUUCCAAAGCUAUUUUAUAACUGUGAUCAAGGACAGGCUGAUCCAGUUGUGGCAGUAGCAAGAGACCAAAGCAGUGUCUACCUGAAACUACUAAUGCACGAAACACAGCCUCCAUCUCACUUUGCGGUGAGCACUAUCACCAGAAUAUAUAGAGGUUACAAUACGCUGCAAAUUCCAACAGAUGUCACUAUGGAAAACAAUCUGUCAAGGGUUAUUGCAGCAAUUUCCCAUGCAUUGACAAUAUCCACUACAAGAGCACUUACGUUUGGCUGCUGUGAAGCUUUGUGUCUUCUCUCCACAACAUUUCCAGUCUGCACCUGGAGUGUGGGAUGGCACUGUGGUGUUUCCCAGCCAAGUCCUUCAGAUGAAGCUCAGAAGGGCUGUACCAUCGGAAUGGCUGGCAUGGUCCUGUCUCUCCUUUCAUCAGCAUGGUUCCCGCUGGACCUCUCUGCACAUCAGGAUGCUUUGAUUUUGACUGGAAACUUGCUUGCAGCAAGUGCUCCCAAGUGCUUAAAGAAUCCCUGGAGUGCUGAGGAAGAUUCAAACCAAGGCGCUGCAAAGCAGGAGGAACCCUGGCCAGCUCUGGCAGAUCGAACUCUUGUUACUUUAGUAGAACAGCUCUUUUCUCAUCUGCUGAAGGUCAUUAAUAUUUGUGCACAUGUAAUGGAUGAUGUUGCUCCUGGCCCAGCAGUAAAGGCAUCAUUACCUUCUCUCACAAACCCACCUUCUCUUAGUCCAAUUCGGAGGAAGGGGAAAGAGAGGGAAUCUGUCGAACAGGCAUCUGUGCCCAUGAGCCCUAAAAAGGGUGGUGAAGCAAGUCCAGCUACUAGGCAAACUGAUACUACUGGGCCCGUUCCAACAAGUAAAUCGUCUUCAGUAGGAAGCUUUUAUCAUCUUCCGUCAUAUCUGAAGUUAUACGAUGUCUUGAAAGCAACCCAUGCUAAUUACAAGGUUACUUUGGAUCUCCAGAACAGUAACGAAAAGUUUGGAUGUUUCUUACGGUCUGCCUUAGAUGUUCUGUCUCAAAUCUUGGAACUUGCUACUCUUCAAGACAUUGGAAAGUGUGUAGAAGAAAUUUUGGCAUACCUAAAAUCAUGUUUCAACAGAGAACCAACAAUGGCAACAGUUUGUGUACAGCAGUUAUUGAAAACAUUGUUUGGGACAAAUCUGGCUUCUCAGUACGAUGGCUUGUCUUCAAACCCCAACAAAGCUCAAGGCAAAGCUCAACGCUUAGGUUCUUCCAAUUUGAGACCUGGUCUCUAUCAUUAUUGCUUCAUGGCACCAUAUACACAUUUUACACAGGCCCUUGCUGAUGCUAGUCUAAGGAACAUGGUUCAGGCUGAGCAGGAACACGAUGCUUCAGGAUGGUUUGAUGUGUUGCAAAAAGUUUCUACACAGCUGAAAACUAGCAUUACCAGUGCAGCAAAACAUCGUGCUGAUAAGAAUGCUAUUCACAAUCACAUUCGUUUAUUUGAACCCCUUGUCAUAAAAGCAUUGAAACAAUAUACUACAACAACAUCAGUACAGCUGCAGAGACAAGUUCUAGACUUGCUUGCUCAACUGGUUCAGCUACGAGUUAACUACUGUCUUCUGGAUUCGGAUCAGGUGUUUAUUGGAUUUGUGCUAAAGCAGUUUGAAUACAUUGAAGUAGGACAGUUCAGGGAGUCUGAAGCAAUUAUUCCUAAUAUCUUUUUUUUCCUGGUGUUGCUGUCUUAUGAGCGGUAUCAUUCCAAACAGAUAAUUGGAAUUCCUAAGAUCAUUCAUCUGUGUGAUGGUAUCAUGGCCAGUGGGAGGAAAGCUGUUACACAUGCAAUACCAGCUCUGCAACCCAUCGUUCAUGAUCUCUUUGUGUUAAGAGGAACAAAUAAAGCUGAUGCUGGGAAAGAGUUGGAAACACAAAAGGAGGUGGUAGUGUCAAUGCUGCUGAGACUUAUUCAAUACCAUCAGGUGCUAGAAAUGUUCAUCUUAGUAUUGCAACAGUGUCAUAAAGAAAAUGAAGACAAAUGGAAAAGAUUGUCUCGGCAAAUAGCUGACAUUAUUCUCCCAAUGCUUGCAAAACAACAGAUGCAUAUAGACUCUCAUGAUGCUUUGGGAGUAUUGAACACUUUGUUUGAAAUUUUGGCUCCUUCAUCCCUUCGCCCUGUGGACAUGCUUUUAAGGAGUAUGUUUGUUACUCCUAAAACAAUGGCAUCAGUGAGCACUGUCCAGCUAUGGAUUUCUGGAAUUUUAGCUAUCCUUAGAGUUCUGAUUUCACAGUCAACAGAAGAUAUCGUUCUAUCCCGUAUACAAGAGCUUUCUUUCUCACCAUAUUUGAUUUCAUGUCAAGCAAUUAGCAGACUGAGACGUGGAGAAAAUAACUUAUCUGCACCAGAGGAUCGCACUGAGGUUAAACAGGCUAAAUAUCUGCCUGAAGAGACAUUUUCUAGGUUCUUAUUACAACUGGUUGGCAUUCUACUGGAAGAUAUUGUUACCAAACAACUGAAAGUGGACAUGAAUGAGCAGCAACAUACUUUCUACUGCCAGGAGCUGGGCACACUGCUUAUGUGCUUAAUACAUAUCUUCAAAUCAGGGAUGUUUAGAAGAAUCACAGCUGCAGCCACCAGACUUUUUACAGGAGAUGGAUCUGAUGGUAGUUUCUAUACCCUUGAAAGUUUGAGUGACCUUGUUCAGUCCAUGAUUCCCACGCAUCCUUCUUUAGUACUUCUCUGGUGUCAAAUUCUGCUUCUUGUCAAUUAUACCAACUACAACUGGUGGUCAGAAGUGCAUCAAACCCCAAAGAGACACAGUCUUUCUACUACUAAAUUGCUUAGCCCUCAGAUAUCUGGAGACAGCGAUAAAUCGGAUUUAGAAUCUAAACGUGGCAUGUGCAAUCGAGAGAUAGUGAGAAGAGGAGCACUCAUUCUUUUCUGUGACUACGUUUGUCAAAACCUACAUGAUUCAGAACACUUGACCUGGCUUAUUGUGAAUCAUGUUCAAGACUUGAUUAAUCUGUCCCAUGAGCCUCCAGUACAAGACUUUAUUAGUGCAGUUCACAGGAAUUCAGCAGCCAGUGGUCUCUUUAUCCAGGCCAUUCAAUCACGGUGUGAAAAUCUUGCAGCUCCCACAACUCUGAAGAAGACUUUACAGUGCUUAGAGGGAAUACAUCUCAGCCAGUCUGGGGCCGUCUUAACAUUAUAUGUGGAUAAGCUUCUGUGUACUCCGUUCCGUGUGCUUGCUCGCAUGGUUGACACACUGGCUUGCCGUCGGGUAGAAAUGCUUUUGGCUGCAACUUUACAGAACAGCAUGACUCAGUUACCAGUUGAAGAACUGGAUAGAAUUCAGGAAUACCUUCAAAACAGUGGACUAGCAACAAGACACCAAAGACUUUACUCGCUCUUGGAUAGGUUUCGUCUUAUGGUAGCACCGGACACAACUAGUCCUUCACCUCUGGUUACCUCACACCCCCUAGAUGGAGAAGACCAACCAGCUUUAGAGAAUGUAAUUCUAGACAAAGACUGGUAUGUGUCACUAGUGAGGUCACAGUGUUGCAUCAAGUCUGACUCAGCACUGCUAGAAGGCGCAGAGCUGGUAAAUAGGAUUCCUCAGCCUGACCUGAACUCCUUCAUGACCAGCAAGGAAUUCAACCUAAGCUUGUUAGCACCUUGUUUAAGCCUUGGCAUGAAUGAAAUAUCAAGAGACCAGAAGAGUAGCUUCUUUGAAACAGCUCGGAGGGUAACUCUGGAUCAUGUGUCUACCACUGUACAAAACCUUCCUGCCAUCCACCAGAUUUUUCAACCACUGUUGCCAACUGAGCCAUCAGCCUACUGGAAAAAACUAAGCGAUAUCUUUGGAGAUGAGAUGAUGUAUCAGUCUAUGAUGACUCUUUGUCGUGCACUGGCUCAGUAUUUGUUGUUGCUCUCAAAACUACCAGCUGGUCUCCGUGUUCCUCCUGACAAAGAGGAUGAUAUCCUGAAAUUCGUAGUUAUGUCAGUAGAGGCACUAUCAUGGCAUUUAAUGCAUGACCAGAUUCCAUUAAGUGUAGAUCUUCAAGCUGCUCUGGAUUGUUGCUGUCUGACAUUACAGCAGCCUAGUCUCUGGAAUUUGCUGGCUUCUGCAGCUAAUGUGACACAUGCUUGCUCCUUAAUUAAUUGCAUUAGAUUUAUCAUAGAAGCAGUUGCUGUUGAACCUGGUAAUCAACUUCUUAGUCCUGAAAGAAAGAAGAAUACUUCAAAAGCCUUGAGUGAGGUUGAAGUUGAUUCAAACACACAGAAAACUAAACACAUUACUGCAGCUUGUGAAAUGGUGGCUGAGAUGGUGGAAUGCUUACAGACUGUCUUGGCACUGGGGCACAAAAGAAACAGCAGUAUCCCGGCAUUUCUUACUCCUGUCCUCAAGAACAUCAUCAUCAGUUUAGCAAGGCUGCCUCUAGUGAACAGUUACACAAGAGUACCUCCCUUGGUCUGGAAAUUAGGCUGGUCACCAAAGCCUGCAGGUGAUUUCGGCACAAUUUUUCCUGAAAUCCCAGUAGAAUUUCUUCAAGAAAAAGAAAUCUUUAAGGAGUUCAUCUAUCGCAUUAAUACACUAGGAUGGAUCAGCCGUACUCAGUUUGAAGAGACUUGGGCUACUUUGCUUGGUGUGCUUGUAACUCAGCCUAUUGUAAUGGACCAAGAAGAGAACCAACAAGAAGAGGAUACAGAGAGGACACAAAUUAACGUUCUUGCAGUACAAGCCAUAACUUCCUUGGUGCUGAGUGCAAUGACAAUACCUGUUGCAGGCAAUCCAGCAGUUAGCUGUUUGGAACAGCAGCCCCGCAACAAAGCUUUAAAAGCUCUGGACACAAGGUUUGGGAGGAAGCUAAGUGUUAUCAGGGGAAUUGUUGAACAGGAAAUCCAAGCAAUGGUAUCUAAGAGAGAUAAUAUUGCUACUCAUCACUUAUACCAAGCUUGGGACCCUGUUCCAUCACUUUCUCCUGCUACUACAGGUGCUCUUAUCAGCCAUGAAAAACUCUUACUGCAGAUCAAUACUGAACGAGAAAUAGGAGAUAUGGAUUAUAAACUGGGACAGGUCUCUAUACACUCCAUAUGGUUAGGAAAUAAUAUCACUCCAUUGAGAGAAGAAGAGUGGGGUGAGGAUGAAGAAGAUGAGAACGAUGUACUUGCUCCUUCCUCACCACCAACCUCUCCUAUUAAUACCAGGAAGCACCGGGCUGGUGUGGAUAUACAUUCUUGUUCUCAGUUCUUGCUUGAACUGUAUAGUCAGUGGAUACUGCCAUCAAACCCUAGCAAGAGAACGCCAGUCAUUUUGAUUAGCGAAGUGGUGCGAUCACUUCUGGCAGUGUCAGACUUAUUUACAGAAAGGAAUCAGUUUGAGAUGAUGUAUACAACAUUGACAGAAUUGCGAAAGGUGCAUCCUUCAGAAGAUGAGAUUCUUGUACAGUAUUUGAUACCAGCCACUUGUAAAGCUGCAGCUGUUCUCGGAAUGGAUAAAGCAGUGGCUGAACCAGUAAGUCGACUGCUGGAAUCAACCCUAAGAAGCACCCAUAUGCCAAGUCGGAUUGGAGCUCUGCAUGGAAUUCUUUAUAUCCUUGAGUGUGACUUGCUUGAUGAGACAGCAAAGCAACUCAUUCCAAUUAUCAGCGAGUAUCUGCUUUCGAAUUUGAGAGGAGUAGCACAUUGUGUGAAUAUCCAUAACCAACAGCACAUCUUGGUAAUGUGUGCAGCUGCUUUCUAUUUGAUCGAGAAUUACCCACUUGAUGUAGGGCCUGAAUUCUCUGCAGGAAUUAUACAGAUGUGUGGAGUCAUGGUGUCUGGAAGUGAUGAAUCAACGCCAUCCAUUAUUUAUCAUUGUGUCCUGAGAGGAUUAGAGCGACUCCUCCUUUCAGAGCAACUUUCUAGGCUGGAUAGUGAAUCGCUAGUUAAACUGAGUGUUGACAGAGUGAAUGUGCAGAGCCCCCACAGAGCAAUGGCGGCACUUGGAUUAAUGCUGACUUGCAUGUACACAGGAAAGGAAAAAAUCAGCCCCAGUCGUACCACAGAUGCAAAUCCUGCUGCUCCUGACAGCGAAUCUGUGAUCGUAGCAAUGGAACGAGUAUCAGUCCUUUUUGAUAGGAUCAGGAAGGGAUUUCCUUUUGAAGCUAGAGUAGUGGCUCGGAUCCUCCCACAGUUCCUUGAUGAUUUUUUCCCCCCACAAGACGUAAUGAAUAAAGUUAUUGGAGAAUUUUUAUCCAAUCAGCAGCCUUACCCACAAUUCAUGGCAACAGUAGUUUAUAAGGUAUUCCAGACACUACAUAGCACUGGACAGUCCUCAAUGGUCCGUGACUGGGUGAUGCUCUCUCUCUCUAAUUUCACACAAAGAACACCUGUGGCAAUGGCAAUGUGGAGUCUUUCCUGUUUUUUUGUCAGUGCUUCCACCAGUCAAUGGAUUUCAGCAAUUCUUCCACAUAUUAUCAGCAGAAUGGGAAAAUCAGAGCAAGUGGAUGUUAACAUCUUCUGUUUGGUGGCCAUAGACUUCUACCGACAUCAGAUAGAUGAAGAAUUAGAUCGGAGGGCCUUUCAGUCGGUGUUUGAGGUGGUAGCAUCUCCAGGAACGCCAUAUCAUCGCUUACUAACUUGUUUGCAAAAUGUCCACAAGGUCACAGCAUGUUGAACAUUCUGAUGUGUAAUGGAACUGCAUGACUAGUAUUGGAAUCUGAUAUGAAUUACGGGGAAUGCAAGAUCAAGAAAGUAUCUGGGGUUGCAUUUGUGAUAAAUAUGGACCUGUCAGUUUUACUUCCAGAAUGCAUGGACAAGUGCUCUGCAGCACUGGAAAUCACCCGAAAAGUCUAGUGUGGUUCUUGUUGUUGUUGUUGACACCAGAUACCUGUGAGUGGAAAAAAAAUAUGUCAGUGUUUUUCAAGUGGUGUUUGGGACUAACCUGAGACAUGUUUAGUAACUAUAAAUACGAGCAAGUGCUACAUGCAGGGUAACUGGUAUUACUCUUCUUCCUAAUGUUCAGCUGAAGCCACUGUGGUGCAGCUGGUAAGAAACUGACAGAAAGACUGUUAUUGCAAGCUGCAGUCAUUAGAAAACUUCGUAGUUUUAUGUACCUGUAUAUACUGUUGUGUAGUACAGAAUAGAAAUUGUUUCCUUAUGUCUCUCCCAAACAGGGAUAAGAGAAAAUGGCUUUCAUGAUUUACACUUCCAGCAUGUAAUUCCCCUCUCUGGACUUUCUGAUAUCGCGUGGUGUAUGUGUUCGUAAUAUCGGAGAUAUAGUGCACAUACAUAACCACACAUUUUUCUUUUUUCUUCUCAGGAUUUAAAAUUUGAGUACAGUAUAUCAGUAAAAGAAAUUUUAACUUAAAUAUUUCUAUAUCAUGUACAGUAUGUAAAAUUGUAAGAUGUGUGGUGCAUGAGCUGUGCUGUAAUUUGAGAUGAACAGAAGCCACGUUACUGAAUGUCUUGACAUCUGUAUUGUCCUCUUUUUUUUUUCCUUGUGCUUGAAUUCAUGUUCCUUUUGGAAAUCCAUCUUAAUGUACAUCUUGUUUUGCAUCUCACUUUUUCUUAAAGUGCUUUAAAACUGGAAUACAUUGAUUAAUUUGUCUUGAGAGACUGUACUAAGGAGGCAUUCUUGUGAUCCACUUUACUGUAGCUUCUUUAGAAUUCCUUUUUUUUGAGACUUAAUGGUAAAAGAGAGGACUAGUUACUCUGGAUCAGCCUUUUGUAUACUAAGAAACUGUUCUUAUUUGCUGCACAGCAUUAAGAGACAAAAUGGUGCAAGCUCCCUAGUAGUCAAUAACCAUUUGACCUUUCCUAACUGAGACCAUGGAGUCAUCUGGAUUCAAACCACUCUCAUGUAAACAAAUUUAUGCUAGCAGUUAAGAAUCUGAAGGCUGCUGUGGUCUACUUUGGGACUGGCUAAGGUGUUAGAUUACACAACCUCUUUUAUUACCUGUUGUAUACAUAAUGCUUUAGACACAAACACAGUACAAGUAUCUGUGAAUUUCAGGACACUACACAGGGCCAGAUUUAGCUUUUACUCACCACCCAGGGAACCCCAUUGAUUCCUAAGCAUUACAUGGGGAAAUCUAGCACAGCAUUUGUCUUCAGUUGUAUUUGUUAUAAUUCUUUAAUUACAGAGAAAUGAUACCUUGGUUCUCAGUCAUGUCCUAUAUUUAACUUCUCUUCAUUUUCUUAUCACACCUUUUGGUGACACUUGGAAAAAUGAGAUAGUGUUGUCAGGAGGAGCAUGUACUGUAUGUAUUUCUGUAUAUAAUGUAUAUGUUGAAAUUAUACACAUGUGACAACAUUUAAUGUAUACAGAUGUGUAUAUUUGUAUUUAUUAAACCCAUAUAUUUAAACUAAUUCCAAUCUAGACCAAAAAUUGUUGCUUCUGCCCAUAAAUUGAUUACAAAGGAAUUGUCCACUGAUGUCACUUCCUUUUAGAAACUGAUAGAGGAAACUGACAGUAUGGGCAGUAGAAACAACUGUAGAUGUUGCUGUAUUUAGCUCUCUACAGAUCUUCCUAUCUAGAGCAAUUAUUUCUGCCCUUAGUUGGGUUACUCUUCGUUCUUGGGCCACAGCACUGUGGUGAUUUUUAAAAGAAACUGAACAGGAGUUCAGAAAAAGAUUUAAUAAAAUAGAUACUGUUUGAAAGUUUUUGAGUUAUAUUGGAAAUUAUCUUAAUUCUGAUAGGAGACUAAUUCAGGGCAGUGAGAUAUAAUGCCCUGUGUUUUCAAUAAGGGUAGUAUAGAUCACUCUUCCCUUUUGUAACCACCAAUAAUCGUUUUGUACUGUAAACUCACACACCAGUCAGUUUUGUAUGAUGUAUAGUUUAAGUGAAGAUAUUUUUGUAAGCUAUUUUCCAAAAUUUAAAAUAGAUUUUAAUAUAUUUUUUAAGCAUCAGGUUAGUCAUAUUCUUACCAUAUAACAGUAUACAUUGUGUUACAAACUGUUAAAUUCUUCAUCAUUUUAAGCUCCUCAUGAUUAACACAGAACAGCUGGUUACUUUACCUUGGGGUAACAGGAGCUAGACCCUUUAUGAAACUUUCCAAACCAGUUUGGGACUUGCCAUAGAAUCUUUCCAAGCAGUGAAGGAAUAUAUUGAAUUAAGCAGUCAGCAUGGCUGGAUGAAAAACAUCAGGUGUGGCAGACCCCCUUUCCUCAAAUGUCCAUUGCUGGCCUUCAAGCAAAUAUUUGCAUUACCCAUUUCAAGUCAAGCUUCAGAGCUGAUGCAGUUGGUUCUAACCUCACACAGAUUCACUGGUAGUAAUAACUCCAUCUGUUUUAACUUCUCUUGGAGAUUUGUCGUAGUAUACCUCCUGAAACGUGUCCUAAGUGUCUAAAGAAGGGUACCUCCUCUUAGGAAAUCCUCAGUGACCUGAAGGGAAUGUAACUUAAGGGUCUUCCUAGUGUGGAAACACACACCAGUAGUGCUUCAAAUCUAAUGUUUCACCUGCAGCACACUUUCCUGACUACUUCCUAGACAUGCUUUCCCCACUCUCACUUAUUUUGGAGUGAAAUCAUAUUUAAAAUCAUUCCUGCCUGCUUCUAGUGACAAGAGCCAAGAGCUAUGUGGUGGGGACAGUGACAGCAAAACAAUGGCCACUAAGAAGUACCGAUGUUGGAUUUAAAGCAAAAAAAUAAAUCACUUGUCUCUUGAGGUUGACUUCAGGCAAAAUUUUAUUUCACAGAAUGUUUUUAACUUGCUGUAGACAGAAAGCUAAUUCUGAAGAUUAGGCUGUUAGUUUUUCAUUGAGAACAGGGUAGAAAUGUGUUUGGGCUUAAUACUUACGUUUGGUGUCCUGGCUAACCAAAGCAAACAGUUUCUUUCAUGUGCUUUGCAGUGGAACUGGCUUCUUUACAACCUUACAAGAUUAGAGGUAUGGCAUGAUUGGGAGCAUACUUAAGACAGAUUAAUGUUUAAAACUUCGUUUACAAUUCAGUUGUCAAAGAACCCACUUUACUAAAUCUAUAAUAUGGCCCUCCUUUACGAACACUGUAUGCUAGCCAAUUUUUUUAUAAAUAGUGUUUGGGCCAGCUACCCAUUGGCCCAUUAAAUAAAGCUCGAUUGCAUUUCAUUUCAGUGUGCCCCCUCCCUUGCACCGAGUGCAAGGGUGAGGAGUUGGAAACUACAGCUCAUUGUAAACCAGUUCAUAUUUGCAGGAUUCAAAGCAUUUUCAGUACUAUUUAUGCUCUUUUCCAGUUGAAAUUGAAUGUGAGUUUAUUUAAAUCUUCUCUAAAGUAUAUACUUAGAUGUUAUUUCUUGCCUAAAGCAUCUAGUAAAUGAUUGUGUAUUACUUUUGCUUUGGUAGGAAUGCCUUCUCAGCACCAAGACAUUGCUUGUUUCUUAACCACCAGCAGCAUUCCUAAAGCACUGAGUAAUGAAUGAACAGAUUUAGAUCAAACGAAGUGGGGAACAAAUGGAACCUUUUGGGUUAAAAGUAAUUUGUUGAUAUUUAGUAGAUUUGCCUUAAGAGCAUUCUGUCUUGCCAUUCUCCUUUUUAAAUGGCUGUUAACUUUAUAUAGCAGAUAAGGAGGUUGUGUCAAAAACACUGCAAGGACAGUUCUCCAAGAGCAGCAGACCUGAUUUGUCUUAAGAUUUUGUGGAGCUGUCACAGCUAAGCAUUUACGCUUCCUAAAUAAAAGAAAUUUUAGGGUAUAAUGAGCAAUAAAUAUAGCAAUAAGCAGUUUAAUUAAAUUUGGUCAUCCAGGAUCUUACCUGGUGGUUGAAAGGGAUGGGGUGGGAGAAAAAGGGGAACUGAUUGAAGUACAUUCAUUUCAUAAAGCAGAAUUUUUCCAUGCACAAUCCCAACUAAACUUUCUACUAAAGGUAGAAAUCAAGUAAGUGACAAUGGUAGAUGCUUUGCUCUUUUACUUUUAAAACAGUUUUGGUUAUAAGGAUAAAAUUGAUGAAAGUUGUAAGAGAGCAAAGUACUUCGGAAGUUUUUAACUAGUUUAAUUGUUUUAAAGUGAAAGCAAGCUGCUGUAAGAACUAGAGUAAGCAAUGUAGCAAAAUUUUGGGAAAGUCCAAUAUGCUAAUUUUACCUAAUUUUGAGAUUUCAGGUGAACUCUUUGUGCAUGCUACCUUAAAGUAUCCAUUGAAAACCUUGAGAAUCCCACAGUCGUACCCAGGAGAGCUUCUAUUGUAUGUCAAGUUUUAGCUGUAUUCAAGUUAACUGGGUAUAAAUGCUGCAGAGCGUUUGUGAAGCAUGUGCUGCUUUUUGUCAUGUGCAUUUUGUGUGAUUUUUAUCAUUCCCAUCAGUCUGUGUAUGCAUACCAUCAAGUUGGAUCAACCUGACGAAGGAUAAGGUAACGCACCCUGUGGUGUGGUGUUGUCUUGUAUAGUUUGAGGGCAAUGAUGAGAAAAAGCUCGGAGCCCCAACCCAAAAAGCAAUUGUACUCAAAGGAAAAGGAAAGCAUAUAAUUUUAGAUGUAUGUUUAAGUUUAAAAAAAAAAAUGCUGAAAAUACUGCACAUUGAAACUAAAAGAGAAAAUAAAAUAUAACUAUUACUGUAA